UUCUGCUGUUUUGAUGGGACAUUUUUCUUCCUCCAGGGUUCAUGUCUGGACUGAUGUGGUCGGUUGGCACAUACUGCUGGUUCUUGGCCAACAACUAUCUGAGUCCUGUCAUCACAUAUCCAAUUGUAACUGCAGGCUAUGGUCUGGUUGCAGCUCUGUGGGGAUCUUUGGUGUUUAAAGAGAUUAAGGGAGUUGUGAACUGUUCCAUCUUCUUCUUGGCAUCAUGCGUGGUGUUGGCCGGCUCCCUGCUCACCGCUUUGUCGAAGCUUUUAUAAAAUUAUGUCAAAUAAAGUGAUUGUAAACAAAUUAUAACUUUCUUCAGAAAAGGAAAAAAUGUUUUGAGAAACUGUCCUGUUUUAAAGCAAUGUCAAGCCCAAAGUGUCACACUUAACACCAGUCUGUUGUCCUGUUUAGCAUGUAUUAGUUCCUGUUGAACCAUGUGAUCACGUGUGCAAAAGAUAUAGGGCUGCUAGAUAUUCAAGCAGCUUUUCUACUGAAUUAUUACGUGUUAAAUGUCCUGUCUUGUGUGUUGCAACUGUUGUCUUUAAUAUUGUAUUUGUAGGGAAAAAAGAGAUUAAAUGUGUUUGACAUUAA